CAGGCAAAGCCAAGCUGAGGAAGGGAAUGUCUUAGUCUCAGAGUGUCUCAGCCCCGUGAAGAACAGGGUGUGAAAGAGUGUGGAGGAAUGAAAGCGUAAAAAGGAGGUGGGGUAAAGAGCAGGUGACUGUCAUAAUUUCUCUGGGAAAGAUAUGAGGAUGACUCUGACAGGUUUCAAAGGCCACCUAGUUAACAAAUAACGUCCAGGCUGGAGUGUUCAAACAGAGGGAGGGUGAUUAGAGAUAGAGUUAAAGAGAGCGGCAAGUAAAGGAACGCUUUUCUGGCCUCUUUCUGUCUCCCUUAGCUUUCCAUCCUGUGACCGAAUUUCUAAGGACUAUAGUAUUUUAUUCUCCUUGUGGAAUAACUUGUAAUCUGGACGCCUUAUUCAGAGGCAUGGAUUUUCUACUGGAUUCUGGGUAACUUUGACUAUUUUUUUUCUCUUUUUAAUCAAAGUCAAACUGAGCAGGCCUUUUUUUCUAUAAAUCAUUUAAAAGGGGCAGGAACCCACCUUUAUGGCAAUGACUGCCUGGUUCAGGGCCAAGUAUGGACAGAAGUCACGUGACUCUCAUGAGAAGCAUGCAGCAGUGGUGCCAACCGAGAAGAAUGAAGAAGAUGAUGAUGAUCCGAAAUUUGAAUUCAGCAGAGAACCCAUCCGCAGAAAUUCCCGCUUUUACCGUUCUAUGAGGAAGAAAAGACUGGCUUCAUCCGAACAGUCUGAAAAUUUUCCCAAGUCUGGUUCUGAGCCCAAUCCAGCUAGCAGAGCAGGGGGUUCCCCCUUAAACAGCCCUACACCCCAGGAAACAGCCCUGUUGCCCCCAUCACCAAGCUCACCAAAUUCACUGCACCGACACCACUCCAGCGGCAUGUUGCCAGCCAAUGGUGGGCCCAGAAGCCCGCGUUCACUUCCACGCUGGGAGCCUGCAGAUGGGGGCGAGAAUGAAAGAAGACAAAAGCAGGUUGUAGAAACUCCUCCUGACUCAAACAUUCAGUAUGGGGUUGGUGAGGGUGAUCGGCUCUCCUGCCAAACAGAAGGUGUUCAUUGCCCAGACAUGGAGAGCAUCUCGGAGCAUAUGACCACUGCCUGCAGUAUUCAUGUGGCCAGUGGGGAUGCUGGGAGAAACCAGUGCUCUGUCUCUGAGACAGCACAUCCAGAUGGCAUCAAAAACAGGUUGGUGAGCAAUGGAGAGAGUUCUCAGAUGAAAAUAGAGACAGUCUGCCACACCCUUAAAAUUGUCAAAAACAUUGGUUUCCUGUACCAGGAAUAUCGAGACACCUCCAAACAGCAUGAGAUUGAGUUGCGACGACAGCGUGAUGGCCUUACUUCUAGUGUCACAACGGCGUCAGCAGUCUCAGGUGCAGGAGUGAUAUCCCCUCCAGCCUUACAGUUGCAGCUAAGGAACAAUUCACGCUCACUGAGUUUGUGGCAAAGUCUGGAGGCUGUGCAGGAAAGUGGUCUACUCACCCAGUUAUCACAGACGGAGAUCAUAAUGCAGGAGGCUAUGUUUGAGCUGAUUACCUCAGAGGCAUCCUACUACAAGAGUUUGGAGGUUUUAGAAUCUCACUUCCUACAUAACCCUCUUUUAGUCAAGACCCUCAACCAAUCCGACAUGCACUUCCUGUUCUCCAACAUUGAAGAAGUAGUGAAAGCCAGUGAAAGGUUUUUAAUGGACUUGGAAAACCGAACUGAGCAGCAUAUUCAGAUCUCAGAUGUGUGUGACAUUGUCUACCACCAUGCCAAGGAGCAUUUCCAUGUUUUCAUCACCUAUGUCAUCAAUCAGGUGUAUCAAGAACAGACCUACCGACGCAUACUACAGGGAAACCAGGCAUUUCGUGAGACCAUGGCUACACUGGAGAAACAACCAUGUGUCCGAGGAUUAUCAUUUAACUCUUUCCUUAUCCUCCCCUUCCAAAGGAUAACGAGGCUUAAAUUGCUCGUGCAGAACAUUCUAAAAAAAGGAGAAGAAAACUCCGAGAGAGAGGAAAAUGCCAUCAAAGCACACCAGCAGCUGGAAAAGAUUGUAAAAGAUUGCAAUGAGGGUGUGAGGAAGAUGAGUCGCACCGAGGAGCUCAUUAGCAUUGAGAAAACGUUGGAGUUUAAAGCUAAGUCUGUACCCGUCAUCUCCCACUCACGCUGGUUGCUGAAGAAGGGUGAAGUGCAGCAUUUAGCAGGACCCAAGAGCACUCGAACCAUGCGCAGCCGUAAGCUCUACCAACCAGUCUACUUGUUUCUGUUCAACAACCUGCUGCUGAUCACCAAGCGCAGCUCCAGUGGGGAAAAGUUCCAGGUUCUUGACUCCUGCACUCGAGCCAUGUUGAGGACUGAAAGCAUGGAAGACCAGGGCCAGGUACUGGCCAACGUCUUUAAUCUGAAGCUCCUGGAAAACCAGGACGGUUCUCAAGUCAGCUACAUGCUGAAGACCUCCAGCAUGAAUGAUAAGAUCAGAUGGAUAUGUGCUCUCACUCCCAACCGGCGCUCCCGUUUUAUGUCAACCAGCUCUCAAGAAACAGAUUUUCCCCAGGUGCAAUGUAUUCAGUCAUACUCAUCUCAAGAGCCAGAUGAACUGUCAAUUGAGAUGGCUGAUAUCUUGAAGAUCUUGGAGCGAACAGAUGAUGGCUGGAUGAUGGCUGAGAGGCUUCAUGAUGGUGAGAAGGGCUGGUUCCCCAGCCGAGUGGUAGAGGAAAUCCAGAACAAGGACGUCAGGACUCAAAACAUAAGAGAAGCUUUAAGGAUUCAGCAGGCUCAGGCAGCGGGCCCUGCCACUGGAACCAGGAUGGGUACGAAAGGGUUCAGGCGUACUCCAAAAGUUUCCAAAUUAUUUAGCACUUGAACAGAUCAAGUGGAAGACCAGCGGUGAGAUAGUGAAAGUGAAAUGUUAUGAGGCAAAUUUAUGAAUAAGAAUAAAUUAUGUGAUUAGUGACAUUAAAACAAUUUCAAAUGUGCCGUUUUCCUCACACAGAACAGGGUCGUGGUUGAAGUGACAGACAACCCAGAUAAUUGAUAUGUGCACUUGCAAAAGUUUGCCACAACAAAAUCUUUAUUUCAGGAGUAACCAAAUGUCUAAUGGGUACACAUUUCACUCAACAUAUGAUUUACGGGCCUGUGGCCGGUAGCAUGGGAGGAAUGGCUCAAAUCUCAAUUAGAUGAGGAGCAAUGUAUGAGAGAGCUGAAUAAACUGCUGAAAAUAGACGUACAGAAGAUUAUUAUUUGAAUGUACUGUAAACUAGUGCUGCACGAUUUGAUGAAAAAGUAAUAUUGCGAUUAUUGUGGACAAUAUUGUGAUUUGCGAUUGCGAUAUAACAAACAAAAUUAUACAUGUAACGACCACGGAUGACUAGACUCGCUAGCCAUUGGCUAACGGGUC